GCAAAAAAUAAUAAUUGCGAAAAAUAAAUAGACGCGCAUACUCGGACACCUCCAAAGUCUCUCCCUCUAAAAUCUCUCUCCUUGUCUUUCUCAAUUCAUUUUCAACCAUCUUUCUUUUGUCUGAAAGAGGAGAGCUAGCAAAAACCCAACAAGUACAGAGGGAGGGAGGUAUGCAGAGGUAUCCAGAUCGACGGUCAAGAUCUGCCAAGCCCGUCACCAUUCAUGGCUACGCUCAGUCUGGGGACCUUCUUGGGUUUCAGAAGCUGCUCCGGGAAAACCCAUCUCUUCUAAACGAAAGAAAUGCCGUUAUGGCACAAACUCCACUUCAUGUUUCUGCUGGUUACAACAAGGCUGAGAUAGUUAAAUUUCUUCUUGAUUGGCAAGGGCCAGAUAAGGUUGAGUUGGAAGCCAGGAACAUGUAUGGAGAAACACCAUUGCACAUGGCAGCUAAGAAUGGAUGCAAUGAUGCUGCACGGUUGCUUCUUGUUCAUGGUGCUUUUAUAGAAGCCAAAGCAAAUAAUGGAAUGACACCAUUACACCUUGCUGUGUGGUACUCACUUCGAGCAGAAGAGUUCUCAACUGUCAAAACAUUACUUGAGUACAAUGCUGAUUGCAGUGCUAAGGACGAUGAGGGUAUGACUCCCCUAAAUCACCUUUCAAAAGGCCAUGAAAAUGGAAAGCUGCAGGCACUAUUACUGUCUCACUGUGAAGAGCAGAGGAGGAGAAGAGCAAUUGAAGCAUGCAGCGAAACUAAAGCUAAGAUGGAUGAACUUGAAAAUGAAUUAUCAAAUAUCGUUGGUUUGCAUGAGCUCAAGGUACAACUACGGAAAUGGGCAAAGGGGAUGCUUUUGGAUGAGAGGCGUAAGGCCCUUGGGCUGAAAGUUGGCACAAGGAGACCUCCUCAUAUGGCGUUUCUUGGCAAUCCUGGGACAGGUAAGACAAUGGUAGCUCGAAUUCUUGGAAGAUUACUCCAUAUGGUGGGAAUUCUACCUACUGACAAAGUAACAGAAGUACAGCGAACUGAUUUGGUUGGGGAAUUUGUUGGUCAUACUGGACCUAAAACUAGGAGGAAGAUUAAAGACGCAGAGGGAGGAAUUCUUUUUGUAGAUGAAGCUUAUCGACUAAUACCUAUGCAGAAGGCAGACGAUAAAGACUAUGGUUUGGAAGCAUUGGAAGAGAUUAUGUCUGUCAUGGAUAGUGGAAAAAUUGUAGUCAUAUUUGCGGGAUAUAGCGAACCAAUGAAACGAGUUAUUGCUUCCAAUGAAGGUUUCUGCCGGCGUGUGACAAAGUUUUUCAAUUUUAGUGACUUCAGUUCCGAAGACCUAGCAAAGAUUCUCCAUAUCAAGAUGAACAAUCAAACAGAGGAAAGCUUGUUGUAUGGGUUUCAGUUACAUUCUUCUUGCGGUGUAGAAGCUAUUGCAGAACUGAUUCGAGGAGAGACAACAGAAAAGCAGUGUAAGGAGAUGAAUGGAGGUUUAGUGGAUACGAUGUUAGUUAAUGCUAGAGAAAGUUUGGACCUUAGGCUCAAUUUUGACUGUAUAGACACAGAUGAACUUAGAACAAUCACCCUAGAGGAUUUACAAGCAGGCCUUCGGAUUUUGUCACAAUGAGACAGAUUUGGAAUAAAGUAAAAACAAGAAGAAGAAAAGGUGAUAAGAUCAUAACCAUGCAGAGAAAAGCUUUGCAGGUCUCCCACAUUGAUUUGGAAUAUUUGUUUCUCCAGCUCUCUCUUGAUUUCUACAUGUGGUCAUGAGGUUCAGCUGCACUGUACUGCUGGAGAUUGUAGUGGUUUUGAGUAUUUGCAGAAAUUAUUUUAUUCGUUGGGAUUUGAUUACUUCCUGGCAGGUUUUGAUGUAAUUGACAUUUUUUAUAUGUUAGUAGAAAACCAUAGUUCAAA